AUGGUGCGAGCGCAUAUGAAGCAGACGUCUGAGAAGAAGGAACAUAAGAAGAAGGGGCCUCCCAAGAAACCUGUACCUGAGAGCGGCAACUGGCCAUGUAAGAUGAAUGGCUGUAAUAAGGUCUUCGCUCGUGAAGCGGACCUGAAGAGGCAUCAGAGGACUACCAAAGUCCACUCCAUGCCGGGCUUUGCGUGUCCUCAGUGUGACGCGACCUUCACUCGAACCGAUGCUCUCCGCAGGCAUCAGAAGUCUCGGCACAAUGGUGUCGUCAUGAUGCCUGAGCAGCAGCAAGACGAGGACCCUUCGAAAGGCAAGCAAGUCGUCGAGAGCAACGAAGCUGGGUCGCCUGGCUCAAAGUCGCCUAGUCGAAGUGCGACCCCGACGAAAAGUCAGGGAGAUGCUCCCAGUACUAAGAGCACACCGUCAUCUUCUACCGCAACGCAACCACAGAGCUCCGGGCCCACGAGCUACUAUCGACAGCAUACGAUGACGCAAAGCUAUGGACCCUCACGGAUUAUAGAUGCUCACUAUCCUCAAUCCAUUGGGCCUCCGACGUCGGCUGCCAGGCUUCAUCAAGCCAGCUGGGCUCCUCCGGCACCGUGGUCCCCGGAGGGUCAAGCGGUGCCUCCUGGACACAUGUAUGCUGUCCCGCCGCCGCCGCAUUAUUACCCUCCAUACUAUCGUCCGCCUCCGGGCAUGAUGCCAAUGCCUCCUCCGCCAGGGCACCCCGGCCAUAUGGGUCCGGAGUACAUGACGCACCCUCAUGUUGCGCCAAAUGGCGCGCCUUAUCCGCCCCCGCCGGAUGGCAGGAGCUCUCCUGCUGAGGGGAGCCAGGAAAGCAAGGACUCCGACGCCGAGAUGGAGGAUGGCUCGUCGGUGGCCUCAGCGCCAGUCAUUGACCCGUCUCUAGAAGGACCUGGGGAUGCAUUGCAUCCGAGUUCAUCAAGCGGCGGCGGCGCUCCAGCCAAGGACGGGGAACAGAAGAAGCAAAGUCAAGUGAAAUUGAGCGCCGAUGCCAAAGAAGCCGUCAGAGCUGUCUUAGAAUUGCAACGGCUUGAAUCCAGUCGUACAGAAGCGAGUAGCGACGAACCUGAUUCACCUCAAAGGAGCAAGGACAAGAAUAAGGCCCGGCAAGCGAGCGUUCAAUCUCAGACUGCUGAUGCCACUUCGUCGAAACAGAAGAAGGCUGUUUCCCCUCAGACGCGGGGUGCACCUCGGUCUCCUGCACCAGCAGCGGCAGCCGACGCUGAUGUCGAUGUCGAUGCCGACGGAGAAGCUGACGCCGAUGGUGAUUCACCGAAGGGAGGUGCAACCGAGCAGGCGGAACAGCCGAUGGCGGUGGACGCUCCGAAAGAGCAAAAGUUGAAGGAGGAAGUUGACGAUCACAAGAUGGAAGAGAUUGUAACUGAAGACGGAGUGACAAUGUUGAACCCUGCCGAGCUACUAACGCAGGAAUCACUAGCUUCGCCGCCACCUUCCUAA